AUGAACCCUGGAAGCUGCAAUCCUCCAGAACUCAAUCACUGCCAUUCUCAUGACCAACCUUCACAGGCUUGUCCCAAGCCCUCCACUCAUGUGAAUGAAUCUUCUGAAAAGCCCAGCCUCUGCCUGCUUCUCCUGCCCGGCCUGCUGGCUCAGGGCCAGUACGAUCUGGACCCAGUGCCUCCAUUCCCGGACCACAUCCAGUACAACCAGUACGGAGAACAGAUCGACAUUGCAGACUACUAUGAUUAUCAAGUUUCAGAGGUGACUUCCCGGUCCCCCGAGAGGCAGUUCCAGUCUCAGCAGCAAGUCCAGCAGGAGGUCAUUUCAGCCCCCACCCCUGAACCAGGUAAUCCAGAGACGGAGCCCACAGAGCCUGGGCCUCUAGACUGCCGUGAGGAACAGUACCCCUGCACUCGGCUCUACUCCAUUCACAAGCCCUGCAAGCAGUGCGUCAACGAGAUCUGCUUCUACAGCCUCCGCCGGGUGUAUGUGGUCAACAGGGAGAUCUGUGUCCGCACCGUCUGCGCCCAUGAGGAGCUGCUCCGAGCUGACCUCUGCCGGGACAAGUUCUCCAAGUGCGGAGUCAUGGCCCUCAGUGGCAUGUGCCAGUCGGUGUCUGCCUCCUGUGCCAGGAGCUGUGGGGGCUGCUAGGGGGCAGCUGGCACCCCCAAGUCUGGGCCCUCAGGCCCAGCCUGACCUGGUGCUUCUCCCCGCCC